CAAGGCCCACCUGGCCCACAAGGACCAGAAGAGGUCGUAGAAUUUCCUCCAGACUUUCUACCACCCAAAGGUUACAAGGGAGACCAAGGUCUUCCUGGACCAUGUGGACCAAAGGGCUUAAGUGGUGGGAGAGGAGACUACUAUUUUCAAGGAAUGAAAGGAGAGAAAGGAAUCUCUGGUUUUCCUGGAGUUAGAGGUCAUCCAGGAUUUCCUGGUACACAUGGAACAGGACCUCAGGGUAUCAGUGGAGACAGAGGAUUUCCAGGUCUCAAUGGAAGAAAGGGAAGCAAGGGUUACCCAGGAGAUCCAGGUCCCCCCGGUCCCUUGAACUUUCUCAAUGGAAGCUAUGUCAGAGGUGCUAAAGGUGACCGUGGGUAUCUUGGAAUGCCUGGACCCCCCGGUGACCUUGGGGACAUGGGCAUGCAUGGACCUCCUGGCCCACCAGGGUUGCUUAUAGCAGAAGAGCCGGGUCUGCCUGGUUUACCAGGGCCUCUCGGUCCAAAGGGCUACAAAGGAGAACCAGGAAGGUAUAACAACUUUGAAAAUCCAUUUCCAGCACCAAAGGGAACCAAAGGAUCCCAAGGACCUAAAGGUGUCACAGGCCCACCAGGCCCUCCAGGUUGUCCAGGAGAAUGUAAUUGUAGGUCUGGUGCAGGAAACCAAGGACCCCCAGGUCUUCCUGGUUAUCCAGGACCUCCAGGGCUACCUGGAACUACGGGAGUCAAAGGAGACCCAGGACUGAGAGGAAAUGAGGGUCCAAGAGGACCACAAGUGCCAAGGGUAACCAAGGGCUUUCUGGACCCCCUGGUUCUUCUGGAGCAACAGGUAGGCCAGGACAGGAUGCCCCCCCUGGACCUGCAGGAGACCGUGGAACACCAGUUUUUGCAGGGUUCUGGAUAUACAGGAUUACCUGGUCCCAAAGGUGACCCUGGUACUGCUGGACCCAAAGGGUUUCCAGGGCUUGUAGGCCCACCAGGUCCUGGCUUUCCAGGCCCCAAGGGGCUACUUGGACCUAAAGGUUAUCAAGGACCUCCUGGCCCCCCUGGAAUUCCUGGACGCCCAGGCCCUCCAGGUGAAACUGAGCCUUGCUGUCAUGAAGAUGGGAUAGGAUCACCUGGUCAAAAGGGGGAGCCAGGUUCACCAGGGACUCCAGGUGACCCAGGAAGAGAUGGUCUGCCGGGUACUCCAGGACACCUAGGCCUGAAAGGCAUGAAAGGAGAUGACAGUGACAUUGGAGGGAUUGGACCGCCAGGACUUCCAGGUUUUAAUGGGGAUCCAGGUGACCCUGGUCCCAGUGGAAUUAGCCUGGAUGGCCCUCCAGGUUCUCCUGGAUUAGAAGGACCCCAAGGUAGGAAGGGUGCCCCAGGAGAUGUCCUAUCUGCCAGGCCAGGUGCUCCUGGCCCACCUGGCCGCCCUGGGAAUGUGGGGCCAAAAGGAAUCCAUGGUAUUCCUGGAAACCCAGGGUCUCCAGGAACCCAAGGCCAGCCUGGACAACCAGGUAGGAAAGGAGAGCCAGGAGUAACUGGCGACCCUGGAGCUACUGGUCCUACAGCUCCAUCCUGCACUGUGUGUGAGAUACAUGGACCUCCAGGACCUCCAGGACCUCCAGGAAACUCUGGGGGGAGAGGAAUACCAGGCUACCAUGGUGAAAAGGGUUUUAAUGGAGAUAUAGGUCCUCCUGGUAAUGGACAGAGAGGUCCAAAAGGUUUUCCUGGCCCUCUCGGUUUGCCAGGCCCAGCUGGACCAAGAGGCAUCACUGGCCCCUCAGGAGAUCCUGGGAUUGAUGGCUUUUCAGGACAGAAAGGCCUGGGGCCAGAGGUCUACCAGGUCGUCCUGGACCUCCAGGACCUAGAGGUAAACAGGGAGAGAGAGGCUUUAACGGUGGAACCGGUGACACUGGAUACCCAGGACGACCUGGUAAUAAAGGCUCAAAGGGCCCAAGGGGAGUGCCAGGUGACCCAGGGCCUAACGGUUGGCCAGGUUCAUCAGGGUUUAAAGGCAACACUGGUGCCCCAGGCAGGGCAGGGUUACCAGGACCUCCUGGGUACCUUGGCAUUAAAGGUUUCCCUGGUCCACGGGGAUAUUCUGGACAUAGUGGAGAUCCGAGCCAAUGUGUGUCAGGACACUUAUAUUAUGUUCUGGGAUGACUACAGCAUGAAUGGAGAUACAGGGCCGAGGGGACAACCGGGUGUUCCAGGGGUACCAGGAUUUCCAGGAGCAAAGGGUGAGCCAGGACUGUCUUAUGGAAAUCCCGGUCCUCCUGGGCCCAAAGGAUUGCCAGGGGAAGAUGGACCCAGUGCACCCAGAGGGAGUCCGGGAGACCCAGGAGACGCAGGACCUCAGGGAAGGUCAGGACAACCUGGACAACUAGGCACAGCCGGGGAACCAGGAAGACAAGGAGGACAAGGCUUCCCUGGGCCUCGUGGCCCACCAGGUCGUCCAGGUUUUCCCGGUCUUCCAGGCAAUCAUGGAGGUCAGGGCCCACAAGGUCCACCGGGACCAUAUGGUUCUCAAGGGCCCCCUGGACCACCCGGUCUGGAUGGACUGAAUGGGCUGAGAGGUCCAAAAGGGAUGAAAGGAACAAGUGGCGUGGGUAUCCUUGGAACUCCAGGACCAGAUGGUUUUCCUGGAGUCAAAGGUCUUAAGGGCCCGCAAGGUCCUCCAGGAGCCAUUUUUCCUGGGCCCAAAGGCCAGAGGGGCCCACCUGGCAGCACAGGUCUUCCAGGUUUCCCAGGUUUCCCAGGGAAUUCUGGCAGAGAAUGCUGGACAUCUGCACCAGGACCCUACGGUGAUGUAGGAUAUGAAGGACCUCCAGGACCCCUAGGUCCUCCUGGGGAGCUGGGCCCUCCAGGCGGUAGCAUUUCCUCCAAAGGAGACCCAGGUCCAAUUGGUCUCCAUGGGUUACCAGGUCGAAAAGGAGACAGGGGCCCCUCAGGGCCUCCUGGCUCUACUGGCUACCCAGGCUUAAUAGGGCCAAAAGGUGUGAGAGGUCCUGAUGGGUCCAGAGGUCCUUCAGGACCCAAAGGUCAGAUUGGGGUCCCAGGGCCUUGGGGCCGCAAGGGAGUAAUUGGCCCAGCUGGAGACACAGGUGCCAAAGGUGCUCGUGGUGAUUCCAUCAACGGAGUCCCAGGCAAAGCUCCCCCUGGACCCCCAGGACCACAUGGUUACUCAGGACCUGUGGGGUAUCGUGGCGAUGCUGGUCCUCCUGGGACUCCAGGACGUAAAGGACAGAAGGGCUCUAGAGGGUCGAUAGGCCCCCCUGGCAGACCAGGUCCUGCUGGUCAUGAAGGUCCUGUUGGAGACCCAGGAGAUGCUGGUCAGCUUGGAUUUAUUGGACCUCAAGGUAUCUCAGGCCCACCCGGUGAUCCAGGUUUACCAGGCCAUAGGGGGGCAUUGAGGUCAGGCUUCCUUUUGGUUGUCCAUAGCCAGUCAGUUCAGGUGCCACAGUGCCCUGAAGGCAGCAGUCAGCUUUGGGUGGGCUAUAGUCUGGUCUACUUGGAGGGACAAGAAAAGGCUCACACUCAAGAUCUGGGCCAGGCCGGUUCUUGCCUCCGAGUUUUCUCCACCAUGCCUUUCUCCUACUGCAACAAAGCUGCCUGCCACUAUUCUAGUCGCAACGACAAAUCCUAUUGGCUCUCCACCACCGCUCCCAUCCCCAUGAUGCCCCUCUUUGGCCAAGAGAUUAACUCCCACAUCAGCCGCUGUGUGGUGUGUGAGACAGUUUCUCCUGCAGUGGCUUUCCACGGCCAGGAUCACACAGUCCCUGUAUGCCCACCUGGCUGGAGGAGUCUGUGGACGGGGUACUCUUUCCUCCUGCAUACAGGGGCAGGUGAUGAGGGUGGUGGCCAGUCUUUGACUUCUUCUGGUAGCUGCUUGAAGGAUUUCCGAACCCACCCCUUCAUAGAGUGCCAGGGUGCACGCGGUUCCUGCCACUACUUUGCCAACCUCUAUAGUUUUUGGCUGACUACUGUUGGUACAACAGAGCAGUUUAUCACCCCGAGGCCUGGCACCAUCAAGGCAGCUGACCAACAGCGACGCAAGGCCAGUCAGUGUCAUGUCUGCCUAAGAGGACUAUAAAGGCAGCUUAUUGGAGGCCCUGUUCACACCUGGCAUUAACAUGUGUCUUGGGUUAUCUGAUCACAAGUGGGUACAGUCUAAGUACAGGUGUGAAAGCACCCAAGACACUUAAUUUGUGUGAAUGUGAAUGUGUCCUGGACCACACAGAAGGACCGCCUACUCAAAUGACGUUUGCAUAAGCAGAAAUGCAUAUUUAUUCGGGCAGCAACGGCGUUAUAUUAAUGCAUAUAACUGUGUAAGUUGGCUUUUUCCGAUAUGUCUAAAAUAUGCGAUAUGCUUUUCCUGAAACACAUCAUGGAAUUGAAUUAACCGUUACUGUUUUAAUGUCUUCUUCUUUUGAUUUCCAGCAGACCCGUCAAUCUGAAAGGAAAACAGAAAUUAUGUACGUGUUUAUUUGGAUGUUAGAUCCAAUGACAAGUGAUCACUUGAGAUGCAUUAUAAUGCCAGGUGUGAACAGGGCCUUGGCUGAAACAUUUAUUUUUUAAGCAAUUACAUUUUCAAAAUCUAAUUCCGAAUACCUCUCAGAUCCAUAGAUAGCUUGCAUUUCAUGACAUUUGGUGACAAUUUAAAAUUGUUGUUAAAAAUUGUUACCUUUAUUUGAAGGACUUUUUUUUAUACAAUGCUUUUCCACUUUAUGCUUUCUCUGUCAUUUUCAAUGAAGUGCUAUUUCUAAUAAUGAAAUUGUUUGAGAUUUCAAGAUCAUCUUGCUGCUGUAACUGAAGGUUUUAUAAUAAUGCACCUUUUCAGGCUUUAGGAUAAAUAUUCUCACUCUAUGUGCUCCCCAAUUAAAAUAUCUAAACAUUUUUUAACACUA